AUGGACGACGCAAGCCGUGGCAACACCAAGCCUCGGUCGCCGGCGGUACAGCGUCGGUCGCCACACAUUGUGCAGCUCUCUCCGCGCCAUGGAUCGACCAAAGCAAAUAGCGUGGCCAAGCCGUCGGCGGUGCCCGAAAUCUCGCAGGACGAGUACUUUCGGCUACUGCGCAAGACCGAUGUGCUCGGGUACCUCCUCCGUGUCAACGACGACCUCGAGACCAAGGAAGCGCGGCUCGAAAGUGCCGAAAUCGACAACGCCAAGCUCGCCACCGUUCAAAAGUAUCUCGUCGUCGAGCACGAGAUGCUGAAGGCCAAGUGGCAUGAAAUGAAGCGGCUCUUCACCGACCAUCUCAGCGAAUUAACACAUGUGUGCCUCGAGGAAGAGGCCUUGCGAACGGGCCACGCGGCCGCAGCGGCCAAGGCAUUUGCAGGAGCCCAAGGCCAUGCUCGCCUCACCAACGACGUCCACCGCGCAGCCAAAAGUCUCCACGGUCACGACGACGAGAGCGCCACCGCGCUGGCCAAAGUCGGGAAAGACCGCCUCGCGCAAGUCGCAGCCAUCUGCGUUGCCUACCGAAAGGAGCUCAGUCGCGUCGAGACGCUUGCGUUCGAGCAGGAAAGCAAAGGCGCUGCCGCGCACUCGACCGAACACCUCUACACCGAGUCGAUCGAGUCAGAGCUCGCGACUGUCCAAAGCGAAAAGGCGCAAUUGGCCGACCGCAUGCACCUCGUCGCCAAGCAAAACGAAGCGCUCCAAGCCCAAGUCGCGUCGCUGCACGAAGAGCUCGAAGCGCACAAACGGCAAGAACGACUCAUGCGCGCCACGUGGGGCGACCAAGAGCGCAGUGUUCUGCAGCUCUUGACGACGGUCAAAGGCGACAUCCGGAAACGGUUUGGGUUCGUUCCACCCGCGCUCGAGCACUUUGCUUUCACGCCACAGCAUGCGCCACCUUCGUCCGUCUCGAUGCAGCAGUAG